AAAGUUGNCACCUUCUUUAACGAGCUCCGUGUCGCCCCCGAGGAGCAGCCCGUCCUGCUUACUGAGGCUCCCCUCAACCCCAAGGCCAACAGGGAGAAGAUGACACAGAUCAUGUUCGAGACCUUCAACUCUCCUGCUAUGUACAUUGCCAUCCAGGCCGUCCUCUCCCUUUAUGCUUCCGGUCGUACUACUGGUAUCGUCAUGGACUCCGGAGAUGGUGUUUCCCACACCGUUCCCAUCUAUGAAGGUUAUGCUCUCCCCCACGCCAUCCUUCGUCUGGAUCUGGCUGGUCGUGAACUGACAAACUACCUCAUGAAGAUUCUGACUGAGAGAGGAUACUCCUUCACCACAACCGCCGAGAGGGAGAUUGUCAGGGACAUCAAGGAGAAGCUGUGCUAUGUUGCCCUGGACUUUGAGCAGGAGAUGGCCACCGCUGCUGCCUCCACCUCCCUGGAGAAGUCCUAUGAGCUUCCCGACGGUCAGGUCAUCACCAUCGGUAAUGAGAGGUUCAGGUGCCCUGAGGCCCUCUUCCAGCCUUCCUUCCUUGGAAUGGAAUCCUGCGGAGUCCACGAGACUGUCUACAACUCUAUCAUGAAGUGCGACGUUGAUAUCCGUAAGGACCUGUACGCCAACACCGUCAUGUCCGGAGGUACCACCAUGUACCCCGGUAUUGCUGACAGGAUGCAGAAGGAGAUCACAGCCCUGGCUCCCUCCACCAUUAAGAUCAAGAUCAUUGCUCCCCCUGAGAGGAAGUACUCCGUAUGGAUCGGUGGAUCCAUCCUGGCCUCCCUCUCCACCUUCCAGCAGAUGUGGAUCACAAAACAAGAAUACGAUGAGUGCGGUCCAUCUAUUGUUCACAGAAAAUGCUUUUAGAUAAUUAUGUUUACAAUAUAAUCCUGUGUGAUUAAUCUUAGAUGCAACAAAAUAUUUAAAUUUCAUCCCGGAGAAUAAAUCUUAAUUAGGUUCGUU